GCUGCAGCUAAAAUCAGUCCAAUGCAACAGGAGUUUUAAGAACAGCAGCACAAAAAUGAUGACAACUGAAUGGAACAAGAAAUCACAUAUUUUCAAGAAGACCUCUUUAUUCUUGAAGUAGAAGUUUCCCUUCAAGAUGACAAGUAGUUCAAACUCUCCAGGUUCUCACUUGCCCUCAAAAACAAGAAGUUCUGAAAUAGACUGCAACUACUUGAAGGAAUUGAAUGAGGACUUAAAACUAAGAAAACUGGAACUGCUAGAGAUGCUAAAACCUCUUGAAGAUAAGAACAACCUCUUAUUCCAGAAGUUAAUGUCUAACCUGGAGGAAAAACAAAGAAGUCUGCAGAUUAUGAGACAGAUCAUGGCAGGGAAGGGGAGUGAAGAAUCCUCAGCCAUGGAGCUCAUUAAGGAAGCAGAGGAGAUGAAGCAGAAUCUGGAAAGGAAAAACAAGAUGCUUCGGAAGGAAAUGGAGAUGCUAUGGAACAAGACAUUCAACAUGGAAGAACUCAGUGAUCAACAAAAAGCACCACAGAUAAAAAACAAAACAAACUUGCAGGAUGGAAAGAGGCUCUUUCUUCCACCAGGAAAAACAACAGAGGAAAAUAGAAUGGGUCAGGUAUCAGGAACAAGCCAACAACCUUCAGGUAUUAAUGUGUUCUCAGGCUAGACUUGGGGUACAGUUUCA